GACAUGUCUGCCGGUAUAAAACCACAGAGCGGCCCUUCGGUCGAGAAGCACUGGUGUAUUAGAGGAAAAUGUAUCGUCUCGGCCAACAGUCUAUCUCCAAGAUCGCCUUCGAUUUCUUUUUAUCCACUGUGCCACGGGAACGUUUUCACUUUGCUAGACAGUACAAUAAAAGCUGGUCGUGUAUUGGCUGAUUUUUGAUCAAAUCUUUUAUAUUAAAUUGCACGAAAAUGCCAAGGAACAAGAAGAAGAACGGCAAAGGGGGCCAGCAUGGAGCUGUGCAGCCUUUCAGUGAUGAGGACGCCUCCAUCGAGACACUCAGUCAUUGCAGCAGCUUAAGUGACGUCACAAGUGUGGCAGAUGAAGGUGGAGAGGCAAGUGAGGACACCGCCCAGGAGGAUUUCCAGUAUAAGCUGAAGGGGUUUAUAGACAGCACUGUGGAUAAGAGUGCCAAGACGAGACAAGGGGCUCUGGACGGUCUCAAGACGGCAAUGGCCACUCGGAUCCUGUACGAGUUCAUCUCGGAGCGAAGGAUGACCAUCACAGACAGCAUUGAGCGUUGCCUCAAGAAAGGUAAAGGCGAGGAGCAGAGGGCGGCGGCGUCUUUAGCGUGCUUGCUGUGUAUUCAGUUGGGAUCGGGAAUCGAGAGCGAGGAGGUGUUCAAGACUCUAAAGCCCAUCUUCAAAAACAUCCUGGCAGAUGGGUCAGCUAACAUCCAAGCGAGACAAGCUGUGGCGACAAGUUUGGGGCUCUGUACGCUUGUUGCAGAGGAUGACAUCUUGGACGUGCAGGCGACCAUGGAGUGCUUCGAGAGCCUGUUCACCCGGUCCUACGCCCGGGCGGAUGGAACCUGUCCUUCCAUCAGUCCGCAGAUGAGCCAGCUGCACGUCAACGCCCUGCUGUCCUGGGCCCUGCUGCUCACCAUCUGCUUGGCCAGUCAGCUCAAAGGCGUCCUGAAAACACACCUGCCCAGGCUGCAACGGCUGCUGGAGAGCGACGACGUCAACAUGAGGAUCGCUGCUGGGGAGACGAUCGCUUUGCUCUUCGAGCUAGCCAGAGACAUCGAUUCUGAAUUUGAGUUUGACGAGUGGGAGGAACUGUGCAAUAAGCUGAACGCUUUAGCUACCGACUGCAACAAGCACCGAGCCAAGACCGACAAGAGGAAGCAGAGGUCUGUGUUCAGGGACGUACUAAAAGCUGUUGAGGAGGGGGACUUCCAAUCGGAGACGAUUCGCUUCGGAACAGAGCGCAUGACCAUCGACAGCUGGGUCAGAAAGAGGACCUAUGAUGCUUUCAGAGAGUUUGUGGGAUCUGGGAUGAACUACCACCUUCAGGGCAAUGAGUUCAUCCGGGACGUGUUUGAACUGGGGCCGCCCAUUUUGGUCGAUUCAGCCACAAUGAAGGCCAUGAAAAUCUCUCGCUUCGAAAGGCAUCUCCACAACUCUGCUGCCUUCAAGGCUCGGACCAAGGCCAGAAGCAAGUUCAGAGACAAGAGGGUGGAUGUGGGAGAAUUUUAAGAUUUUUGUCGUUUUCACUAUUUGUUGAAUUUGUUUACUCUUUUAAGCCACUUUUAGGAGGAAUUC